AAAGGAACGCGAACAACGACGACGACGGCCGUCAGCGAAAAGUGUAAUGUCACUAGUUUUUCACUGGAGAGCGAGCUACGCGAAUGGUUCAACUUGCUGCUGGCGAUUGUGUGUGGAUUAAGUGCAAUUUGGCAAGCAAAAUCUCCGGCUAGCGCUGUUCCGCUGAAUUUGACCAGCUCCGGCGGUUCCGUUUCCGGUAGAUUUGACAGAGAGGGACGUUUCGGUGUCCGCGAAAAAGUGCAUUUUCUACCAGCCAGCCAACCAGGGGAUUGGCAUCCGACGGUGAAGAAGAAAAGCCAGUGUUCGGUCCUCGGUCGGGUGAAAGAAAAUUUCUCCUCAAGCGUGAAAAAGGUGCUGUGUGGAAUCCAGCGGAGAGUGAGCAACCGAAGGAAUUGUGCGGUGGGCUCUUGGGCUGCUGGUUUUGUGUGCGUGUUCCGUCUCGGUUCGCGGUGCAGUGAGAAGUGAAACAACGGUGAAGAAAAAGUGCCAAAGGCCAAAACGGAGUGUCUCCCCCCUAGGAAGUCCCGUUGGAAUCGGAUCUAGGGGCUUGGCUUGAUUUGGUCAGCCGGAUUGGGAUUUGUGUUCUCGAUCGGUGGCGUCUGGAAGUGCACAAAACGAGUGUGAGUCAGUGAGGAGAAAGAGUCGAAUAGUAGCAGAACCAGAAGAGUGAGAAUCCAUCGUAGGCAGCGACAAUGUCGUCAUCCGGCGAUUUUGGCAAUCCGCUUCGGAAGUUUAAGCUGGUCUUUCUGGGCGAACAAAGUGUCGGCAAAACCUCGCUAAUCACCCGAUUUAUGUACGACAGCUUCGACAACACAUACCAGGCGACGAUCGGUAUAGACUUCCUGUCGAAAACCAUGUACCUCGAGGACCGAACAGUGAGAUUACAGCUGUGGGACACUGCCGGACAAGAGCGAUUCCGAUCGCUGAUACCCUCGUACAUCCGUGAUUCAACCGUAGCCGUAGUCGUGUACGAUAUUACAAAUGCCAACUCGUUUCACCAAACAUCGAAAUGGAUCGACGACGUCCGGACGGAGCGUGGCAGUGACGUAAUCAUCAUGCUGGUGGGCAACAAAACUGACCUCUCGGACAAGCGCCAGGUCUCGACGGAGGAAGGCGAGCGGAAAGCGAAAGAACUGAAUGUGAUGUUCAUCGAAACCAGUGCGAAGGCGGGUUAUAACGUGAAACAGCUUUUCCGACGAGUAGCCGCUGCCCUGCCCGGUAUGGACUCAACCGAGAACAAGCCCCCAGAAGACAUGCAAGAGGUUGUGCUCAAGGACUCGCCGAACGAGACCAAAGACCCGGAGGGUGGCUGUGCAUGCUGAACCUGGCCGGAACCAGUUCCGUUGGGUGUCGUUUUUCGUGUUUGGUUUAUUCUUCUCCUUUUUUAUAGUAGGGAAAUUUACUACGCGCGAGAGUGCGUGCGAUCCGGCUCUGAUCAGCCGCCGCCGUUGUGGUCGUCGCGGGAAAUAGAUGAGUGUUUUGGAAGGUGGAUUCGAAAGAGCGAAUGCGGACGGAAUGAGGAGAAUAACUAUUUGGUGUUGAUGAUCGGUUCUUUAGGGGGGUGGCAGGGAGUGCCUACAAUUUGUCCAUUCUUAAGCGAUAGAGAUAAAGAUAAAAGUGAACAUUUUAUCCAUAUUUUUAUUUAUUGAUAAAGUACGCGUUGACUGUUGUAACUGGGUCUUGAAGCGUUUUGCGAAAUCAACUUUAUUUAGAUGUGACGCGAGAUAGGAUUUAUGUUGUUGUAUGCUUAUAUUUUUUCCUUUGACUAAUUGUGAAAAUCUGAUUCGUUUAUUUUUCCUUACGUUUAUAAAGGGUAUUUAUCGAUUCGCAAAACAGCAUUAUUGCUUAAGAAUUAUUAUUCCCUAUACUUUCCGCAAUUACUUAUGAUCACUAUCGAUAUACAUAUAUUUAAUGCCGUCGAUUAAGUUGUUUCUAAGAGUAAUAAAAGCUACUACGAUACUUUCCUUAAUUUUACGGUUUAGUCUUUAGUCUAAAACUUACGCAAGUAGAAUCAAACCGAGUCGUUGUAGAAACAGUGAGAAUGGUUUGUUAACAUGAACCAACAUUGCUUAUAAAAAAAUAUUAACAUUUAGAUACUGACCAUUAAAUAAACUGACCAGAGUACGGAUUUAUAGAUGCA